CUCACUCCUACGGCACUGCAGCUUAUAUACACAUACUCCGUAUCUUCUUUUUACUUUGACUUCAAGUAUUCUUAAUUGAAAUUAUUUACUAUCCAAGCUCUCAUCUUCCAAUCCAGCUAAAGAAGAAUGGAUGUUUCUGUGAAGAACAAGAAGAAGAAAGAAAAGAAACAUGUUAAAGGGAAGGGGUUGAUUGAUGCUGUCUUCUCCUGGUCUUUGGAAGAUGUUCUCAACAAAUUCUUGUACUCACACAAGGUAAAACAAAUCCCAGAAACCUUCUUGACCACAGCUCACUACCUCACCUCUUUCAUCUACCCGCUUUUGGAAGAAACGCGGGCAGAUUUGCAGGCGAACAUGACGAACUCGCUGCACCAUGCCCCUGCGUGUGAGGUGAAAAAGCUGGGCAUUACCAAGGAUUUCGACCCUCCGAAAGCUCUGUUCUACAAAAUCAUGUUGAAGAGAAAGAGAGAAGGGCAGCAUGCCGACAGUCGUAUACUGCCAUACAAACCAGAGUCAGGGGAUGUAAUAGCACUAUCUGAUGUGAGGCCAGAGCGCAUUGAGGAUCUUUACAGGCCAAAGAUGCCUUAUUUCAUAGCUGUUGUGCAGGCCAAGGAUGAAGAAGACGAAUCCGAUUGGUUUACCAUUUUGUCAGCUAAGCGACUUGGCUUCCUCAGAGGUUUGGAGGAGGACCGGCGAAGGGGAAACAAGCUUUUUAUCGUCUAUCUCACUAACUUGACAACAAAUAUUCGAAUUUGGAGCUCUUUGAAUGUGAACCCAAAAAACGCAAGUUUAGAGAUUGUCAAAACAGUGCUUCAAAGUGACCCAAAUCCAAAUGAUGAAGGAAGGCGGGCCCUUUGCACCUGUGAAGGAAUCGAAGAAGGAGAAGAUUCUAUUUUACUGAAGAAGGCUAAGACUGGCAUUCAGUCAUUUGGAUUGGAUGUUUCCCAGGAAGAAGCCAUUCUGAGUUGUGUAAGAGCCAGGCAAUGCAGGCACCAAAACACGGUGAAGCUAAUAUGGGGUCCGCCAGGGACUGGGAAGACAAAGACGGUCGCAUCCAUGUUAUCUGUCCUCUACAACAUGAAAUGCAGAACCUUAACUUGUGCUCCGACAAACAUUGCAGUCCUAGGAGUUGCAAAGCGGCUGAUGGAAAUUGUAAGGGGCAGUCUUGAAUUUGAUAGUUAUGGUCUUGGAGACAUUGUGGUGUUUGGUAACGGCGAAAGGAUGAAGAUUGAAGAUCACGAGGACCUGUGGGACGUGUUUUUGUCUUAUCGUGUCGAUGCUCUUCUUAGCUGCAUCUCUCCUUUAGUGGGAUGGCAGUCUGGUUUGUUGCAGCUGAUCAAUUUGUUGGAAGAGCCCGAGGAGGCCUAUAAAAAGUACGUGCAGACAGUAAAAGAGGAGGAAGGGAAUGAGGAUGAAGCUGAUGGGAAACAGUUGGAGGAACAAGAAACUACGGGCUCGAAAACCUCAAAGAUAAACAAGAACUUGAAGAAGUUCAUUGUAAAGACAGUGAAGGAAAACAAGAAGAAAAAUAUCGCUGUGAAAGGCAAGAAAAAGGCUGUGAAGAAGAAGGUAAAGUUUUGGACUUUUGAGGAGUUCUUUAUGAGAAGGUAUAAAUCCUUAGCUGAGCAGUUGGAGUUUUGUGUGGCAACCUUGUACACUCAUUUUCCCACUUCCUACAUUCGCUUCGAAGUAGUGAAGAAGAUGAUUGGGGCACUUGAUUGCCUACAAUCUCUUGGAGACUUGUUGAGAAUUGCUGAGAGUAGUGGAGGACUUAGAGUUGGACUCAAGGGGGAUGGAUCUUCUUCUCGCGUUAGUUUGAAGAAAUCAGAAUGUGUUGUUCUACUAAACUCUCUUCGUACAUGCAUAAGACUACCAAAUUUUCGCGGAAAACAUGAAAUCCGGACUUUUUGCCUGCAAAAUGCACUCUUGGUUUUCUGCACUGCCUCAAGCUCAUCCAAACUGGACACCAUUCGAGCAAGUGAAGAUGGCCCGGGGCCAUUAGAGCUGUUGGUGAUUGACGAAGCAGCACAGCUCAAAGAAUGUGAGUCCACUAUCCCAUUACAGCUAUCUGGUCUUCGCCAUGCUAUACUCAUCGGGGAUGAGAAGCAAUUGCCAGCUAUGGUUCAGAGCAAGCUUUGCGAGAAGGCUGAAUUCGGGAGGAGCUUGUUUGAGAGGCUGGUUAAGUUGGGACGCAAGAACUACCUGCUUAACAUUCAAUACAGAAUGCAUCCCUCUAUCAGCUUCUUCCCCAACAGGAUGUUUUACGAGAAGAAGGUGAUGAAUGGGCCUAAUGUCACGAAGGAAGGAUACGAAAAGCGGUUUCUUAAAGGAGAAAUGUUUGGGCCUUUCUCCUUCAUUGACAUAAGAGGCGGAGGCGAAGACCGCGAUGACACUUGUAGUACUAAAAACAUGGCAGAGGUUUUUGCAGUUGCUGAAAUUGUCGCUAUGCUCUUCAGAGAGUGUCAAACCUCAAAACAAAGAGUUCGCAUUGGGUGCAUAUCGCCGUACAAGGCUCAGGUUUUUGCCAUCCAACAGAAGCUUGGGAAGAAGUACAGCACAGACGUUGAGAGCCACUUCUCAGUGAAUGUGAGAUCCGUAGAUGGCUUUCAAGGUGGAGAAGAAGAUGUUAUCAUCAUCUCCACGGUACGGUCUAAUGGUAGCGGAUCAGUGGGCUUCUUGUCCAACUUCCAGCGCACUAAUGUGGCUCUCACGCGAGCAAGAUAUUGCCUUUGGGUAUUAGGGAAUAGUGCUACAUUGAUCAACAGUGGUUCUGUUUGGAGGGACUUGGUUUUGGAUUCUCAGGCGCGGGGCUGCUACUAUGACGCCUGCACUGUCAAGAAUUUGGCAAGGGCAAUUGCAGAUGCAUCAUCUGAUGAUUUAACAAGAAAGUUUUCAUCAAUGAAACUCAGCAAUAGUUAUAUUCCUGCAGGGAACAGGAAGGUUUUCUAGAAUAACAAGGCCUGGUUUUCUAAAGAACAUGGAAGCGGCUCAGAAUAGCAUCAAUAAAACUGACGAACGAGUUGAAUUUGAAGAAUGAAGAUUUGCUGAAGCUGUGCUCACUAUCAUCAGGGUGCAAUCAUGUACUAUUUACUUGCCAUCAACUUGUUGCUGAAAAAAGAAACAUUGCUCUAAUUU